UAGCGAACGGAUCGCACGUCUCGUCGUUCGAGUUUUCUGUUUACAAUCGCCUUGCCAGUGAACGUGCAUAUAUACAUAUAAUAUAUAAAAGAACAAAAUAUUAAACUCGGUAAAAAAAAAAACAAAUCAUCAAUUUUCAAAAUUAAAAUGUCUAAGAAUAUUGCGAAAUUGCUCAAUCCACAUUUGGAUACUAUGGAAUCGGAUUUUUUAUAUCACCUGGAUAUAAAUGUGGCUAAUACUAUAGACCCAAAAGAUAUACAGCAAAGGUUCGGCGAUGUCAAGGUGAUCUGCAUGGGUGGAACUGCUUCGCGGAUGCGAGAGCUUAGCCUAUAUGCGGAAAGUUGAGAGGUUUCAGAUUCCUGCGAUCCGGUGGAUUUGUCCGAACGUGGCAAUCGCUAUGCUAUGUACAAGGUGGGACCAGUGUUGUGCGUAAGUCAUGGGGUUGGAUCCUCUACUUUCAGUGUGGUUCUUCACGAACUGCUCAAAUUGGUGAAGUACGCCCGCUGUGAGGAUCCUGUGUUUCUGCGAAUCGGCACAUGCGGAGGAAUCGGAGUACCACCUGGUACAGUGGUGGUCACGAAAGACGCUUUCAAUGGUUUGCUACGAAACGAGCAUGAGAUCGCUAUUCUCGGACGACGAGUGGUGCGACCGGCUCAGUUUUCCGACGAUGUGAUCAAGAAUAUUAUGGCAUAUGGUGUCAAUGACAAGGACGGUUUCCAGACUAUAAGUGCCAACACAAUGGGAACAGAUUGCUUUUACGAGGGUCAGGGACGCACCGAUGGAGCUAUAUGCGAGUACACGGAUGACGAUAAGAUGGAGUUCCUGAAAAAGUGUUACGAUCUGGGAAUCCGAAACAUCGAGAUGGAGGCCAGCAUGUUCGCUUCGUUAACCAAAAAAGUGGGAGUUAAGGCCGGCGAUGUUUGCGUGACAAUCGUCAAUCGUUUUAAUGGAGAUCAGGUAACCGUUACCAUGGAGCAAAAACACGAAUUUGAACAACGACCAUUUUUAGUUGUUGGCCGCUAUAUUAAGAAACUCCUCCAGAAAUGAUUUUGCGAUCAUUUAUUUGUAUUCUGUCUGUAUUAAUAUUAUAUAAGCCAAUGUAUAAUUUAUUGGCUUAAAAUAAUAAUAAAUGUAUCAUAAC